ACGCGCCCGGGGACCCUGGAAUGCCAGCUGUCUGAGCACGUGGUGAACCGCAUGAAAGAGCCCAGAGCGCAGCCCCUGACCCCGCCCCCGCUGUCUGCAUUUGGCCCUCCUGGGUGCAGCACUGGAGCCCCUCCCAAAGAGUCCCAGCUUCCCGAGGCAGAGAGCGGCAGUGGCCCGCAGCCCUCAGGGGCGAAGGAGGGUCCCAGCAGGUACAAGCAGGAGCAGGCCACUGUCCACGGAGAGCUGACCCACGUGGCGAGGAGGGACAGAGAGGCGGCCACGAAGCACGCGAAGGCGUCCCUGCCUCGGGGGGAGAGCGGCCUUGACCAGGAGAAGCAGAAGGCGGCCCGACUGGAAUGCACCCAAAUGACGAACACGAAGGGGAGGAGGAGAGGCCCCUAUGUAUGCUCCCCAGGCCUUUGGAGAACACGGAGCGGUUCCUUUGGCAACACCCAUGCGAAUCUACGAGGAGGGCGGUGUAGGCAUCGAGGGGGUGGGUGCUGUUCGGAAGGAACGCCCACAGGCGUUACCAUGGCAACACUGGCAGCGUCUCGGUGUUAGCCAGCAUGCCGUUGGCGUUGUUGGAGACAAGGUAAGGGCAAGACGCUGCCAAGAGCAUUCAUGUCGUAUGGAGCGUACUGAGCGUUGAUGGCAGAGGCGGCUUCUUACAGCGUGUGCAGGAGGAUGACCAGAAAAAGAAGGGCACCAGAGAGAGGGGACCUGGCUCAACCGAAGUGCCCCUGCUCCACCCGGAGAAGCUGCUGGGCGAGAGCCCAUGGGAGGGAGCCGGAGCUUCUGGGACCUGUUCCCUGUGAG